AUGGAAGGUUUUCAUCAUCACCAUUCUUCUAUCACCUCUCCUUUCUCUUAUACCUUUGCCAUCACGGGCACCGCUGCAACAACAAGCACCUUCAACACCACACCAUGGAUGAAUAGCAGAAUAUGGAGCAAGCUUCCUCAGAGGCUCAUUGAUCGCAUCCUCGCCUUCCUCCCUCCUCCUGCUUUUUUUCGAGCUCGUUCUGUGUGCAAGAGAUGGUACGCCCUUCUCUUCUCCAACUCUUUUCUCGAAUUAUACCUUCAAGUCUCACCCAGGCGCCACUGGUUCAUCUUCUUCAACCACAAGAUCAGCAAAAGCUACAUCUACAAGAACAACAAUAAUGGCGCCACCGGCACUGCCUCCAAUCACAACAACGACGGUUACCUCUUUGAUCCCUAUGACAUGGCAUGGUAUCGAAUCUCCUUCACUCUCGUCCCAUCUGGAUUCUCUCCCGCUUCUUCUUCGUCGGGAUUACUGUGUUGGGUUUCUGAUGAAGCUGGUCCCAAAACCAUGCUUCUCUGCAACCCUAUCAUCGGUUCUCUUACUCAGUUACCACCCACACCAAGGCCAAGACUCUUCCCUUCCAUUGGCUUAACCGUUACUCCAACCUGCAUCGACGUCACAGUAGCUGGCGACGACAUGAUUUCCCCUUAUGCCGUCAAGAACUUAACAUCAGAGAGCUUUCACAUCGAUGGAGGGGGAUUCUACUCCAUAUGGGGAACAACUUCUUCUCUUCCCCGGCUUUGCAGUCUUGAAUCCGGAAGAAUGGUUUAUGCAGAAGGAAAAUUCUACUGCAUGAAUUGCAGCCCCUUUAGUGUUAUGGCGUUUGACAUAACCUCCAACGCGUGGUUCAAGAUCCAAGCUCCCAUGAGAAGGUUCUUGCGCUCUCCCAGCUUGCUUGAGUGUAAGGGCAAGCUCCUCCUCAUCGCCGCUGUUGAGAAGAGCAAGCUCAACGUCCCCAAGAGCUUGAGGGUUUGGACCUUGCAAUCUUGCGGAACAAUGUGGGUGGAGAGUGAGAGGAUGCCGCAGCAGCUAUACGUUCAGUUUGCAGAAUUGGAGGGUGGGAAUGGGUUUGAAUGUGUAGGGCAUGGAGAAUUCAUUGUCAUAAUCAUCCGUGGCACCGACAAAGCGUUGUUGUUUGACAUUUCUAGGAAGAGGUGGCAGUGGAUUCCGCCCUGUCCUUAUCGUCGUCACCAUCAUCAUGGGUUUGUUGAUGAGUUGCAUGGUUUUGCAUAUGAGCCUAGACUUGCUACUCCCGUUACUGGACUUCUUGAUCACUUAGCACUCCCCUUUCAGAACUUUAAUGCUUAA